CUUCCCUUGGUGUGAAUCUGCAUCAUGGCGGCCUCAGUGAAAACAGGAGAAUUAAAGAAAGCCAUUAAAAACAUUUUGAAAGAUGCCGACCUCGACUCUUUGUCGGCGAAGAAAGUUCGGCGAAAAUUGGAAGAUACAUUCGGAAUCGACCUUACAGCGAGGAAACAAGAGAUCGAUGCCCUUACCAUGAAGAUGAUUACGGAAGGACAAGAGGAGGAAGAGAAGGAGGAGCAAGAAGAAGAACCUAAGUCAAAAUCAAGGAAAACAACCAACAUAAAAUCAAAAGGCAAUGAUCACAUGACACAAAAUGGCCGGGCGAAAAAAGACACAAGUGAUGCAGAAGACAUGGGAGACGACUCCGAUUCAUCGUUUGAUGCACCCGAUCCUGUUCCAGUCAUAAAGAAGAGGAAAGUUGAAAAGAAACCACAGCCUAAGAAGACAUCAGACAGUGCAUUAUCAGACGAUGAUGAUGAUGAGGUAGAUGAUGAGGUGCUGGCCAAGCAGCUGCAGCAAGAGGAAGAGAUGAAUCUCAGGACCCGGCGGCGGCCACAGAAGAAACCUGUAGCCCCCAGGAAACCCAAAGAAAAGAAAGAAAGGAAAGGAACAUCCAUGUACAGCAAGCCGUGUCAGCUGUCACCGGAGCUGGCUGCUGUCAUUGGUCAGGACCAGUUGUCUCGGCAUGAAAUAGUGAAGCGGAUGUGGGAGGUGAUGAGGGAGCGAGAACUGCAGGAUCCCAAGAAUAAACAAUUUAUGGUUUGUGACGAAGAACUACAAAAGAUAUUUGGCAGGAAGCGGGUUCGGAUGUUCGGGAUGAUGAAGUGGUUGACCAAACACAUCAGAAGCAUGGAUGACCUUGAGUGAAGCAGCAGUGAAUCUACAUGAAGAUUGUGUAACUAGUUGCUUUUUAAGUGAAUGAGUGCGAUGGACAAGACACCUGUUGAAGACGCUGUGAGUGACCUGCACAAGUUGGUCGUUCAGUACCAUUUCAGUUGUGUAACCAUGGUUACAGUGCACUUCAAUUGUGUUGCCAUGGUCACUACAUAUUCAGUUGUGUUGCCAUGGUUACAGUGCACUUGUUGAACUGUGUGAACAUUGGACUUGUUGUGAAAUGCUAUCACAACUAAUUACAUCAUAUGCUAAUUUUUAUCAUGUGCCAUGUGAAGGUCUAUUUUUCUGACGUUAGAUGAAGAGUGGUAUUUUCUUAUUGAACCAUGUUGGUGGUUAAACACGUCUGAUAACAUCAUGGAAAUGGUUGUAUCAAAGAUUUCUUCUCAGUCUCAUGUAAUUUUGAAAGAAAUUAGUCCGUUGAGGUUUUA